AUGACGUACCUGGUCCAUGGCCUCCUCCGGCUACGAGAGAAGCGGCAGCACGGUGUAGAACGCAAGGCCGAGCAUGCGGAAGACGAGGGUGAGCUCGUGCGGAGCGCCGGCGGACGCGGCGCCGCAGUGGCCCGUGGCCUGGACGACAUGGGAUGUGCAGCUGUUCAUGUCCGGGGAGCCCUCCAAGCGGAUGGAGGAGCCGGCGAUCCAGAGGAAGGCUGCGAUUCCUUCGAAGAACAAGGCGACGGCAUUGGCGGCAGUGGCAUCGGCGACAGGGGCGGCUACGGCUGCGAGCAGAGUUCCUCACGGAAGCGGCUCGGCCUCAGCACCCAACCUCGCCGGUCUCAGCAACGGCGCGACAUCGGCAUUCGUCGAUUGCGGAAGCAGCUCGUCCCCAGCACCCAACCCCUCUACAGGUUCAAUUCAUCCUCAAUCCAUGGCAGCGGUUUCGAUUCUUCACCAAUACAUUGGCGUAGUUGGCUCUUCACUUGGCAGAUGUGGUGGUUCCAUCAGUCCAAGUUCCCCUCUGUUUGCGCAUCAAUCCAGUUGGGAUCCUGCAUGGGACAACAGCACACAUCCCGUGGUGGAUUUAUGGGUUUAUUCAACAACCAACCCCAAUUAUCACAUAAUUCUUAUUUUGUUGGUGCUCCAUCUCAUUAUGCACCUUUCAAGGCACCAAGUCCUGUUGACUUUGGCGUCACUUUUGCCUCAAUGGAUGCACCACAGCCUAACAACGGUGGAAGUUUGUCUCAAGAAGUGAAAGUUUUAUCUGACCAGCAGGCUAUUGACGUUGAUAGCAAUAUUGAGAAUGUCAGGAUUGAGAAGCGGAUCAUGUGGACACCAGAAGAAGAUGAGAAAUUGAUGAGUGCUUGGUUGAAAAAUUCAACAGACUCAUCUAUUGGAGCCAAUAGGAACAACGAGCACUAUUGGGAUGAUGUUGUUAAGUCGUACAACAGGACUAUCCCGUCACAUAGGAAAAGCAAUACAAAGCAAGCCAAGGAUCGUUGGCACAAGAUUAAUAGGUGGAUUGAUCUAUUUGAAUGUGCAUAUUUGAAGGCUCGCAGACUAUUCACAAGUGGCUAUUCUGAUCAGAUGUGGAUUGAUGCAGCAGACAAGUUCUAUUUGGUGCCAAAGUGGAAAACAUAUAAUGAAGACCUAAGGAAUGCACGUAAAAGGAAGUCAUAUUACAUUGAAGGAGAAGUGGAUGAAGACGAUGAUAUUGAAGAAAUGCCAGAGCGACCUAUUGGACAGAAGGCGGACAAAAAGGCCGCUCUUGCUGCAAAAAGGAAGUCUAAAGGAUCAAAUUUGGAUGAUGAUGGAAAAUCAAAUGAAUCGACGAUUGAUGUGGAGAAGCUUGACAAAUUUAGCAAAAUCCAGGAAGAUUUAAAUGCAAACCGCAUGAAGGUACUAGAACUGAUAGCUGAUAAUUUUUCAAGAGAAAGCCAUGCCGCUGAUGAAGAUUAUCUACCAAAAGCUGAUGACUUUGAUCCUACAGAGGUGUUCACCAUGGAAGAUUUUCUAGCGAAGAAUGAAAUCGUAGAAGAAUUUGUGAGGAAGAUUGGAGAUGGAUUGAAGGCCGACAUCGAAGGAGGAACAUCAUCUGUGACUCAUCGACGACGACAGAGUGGACCAAGGAGGUACAUACCAAGGCAACGAGAAGCAGGUCAUGAUGAUCUUAUUGCUAAUUACUUUUCUGCAAAUCCUAUCUACACCGAUGAGAUGUUCCGUAGAAGGUUUCAGAUGAAUAAAUCGUUAUUCCUGCGCACCGUGGAAACUCUUAGCAAUUGGGAUCCUUAUUUUACCCGAAGAACUGAUGCAACUGCGAGGCGGCGGGCGGACGCCGUCGGGUGGCUGCGUUCCCUGUUCCCGGACCUGCCGCUGCCGCCGGAGGCCACCGAUGAAGACCUGCGCGCCGUGGUCGGCAAUGGUAGGCUGCUCUGCGCGCUCCUGCGGAGGCUCUUGCCCGGCGCGCUGCUGGACGACGCGGCCACGGACAAUGCCGGCAGGUUCCGCGCCGCCAUCCAGCGGAUGGGCGUGCCCACCUUCAGCGCCUAUGACCUCGAGAGGGGGGAAAUGUCAGCUGUCGUUACCUGCAUUCUUGCUCUAAAGGAUCGGUUCCCAUCACGCCUCAGCGAAGACCACCACAGCUCUUCCUUCCUCACCAGAUGUGACAGCGAAGGAAGCAGGAGGAGCAUGGGAGGCAAGCUGCAAAGGGUACUCACAAGCCCCAUUGUGUCAGAGCCAUACUCUCCUUCCUUUGGAGCCGAUGCCUAUUCUCCAUCACAGGUAUUUCAGCCGAAACAUGGAUAUUCUGAUCCACCUGGCUGUAAACUUUCUGAAUUGAUGAAAUCCUCGAGCUUGGAGAACGCUCCCACCCAGUCACUUUUAGGUGUUGUGAACAGCAUCCUCGAUGAGAGCAUCGAGAGGAAGAAUGGACAAAUACCUUAUCGCAUUGCUUGCCUGCUGAGAAAGGUCAUAGUGGAGAUUGAAAGGCGUAUUUCUACUCAGGCCGGGCACAUACGAAAUCAAAAUAACCUGAUUAAAGCUCGUGAAGAGAAGUAUCAGUCAAGGAUAAGAGUGCUAGAAGCACUGGCUGGUGGGGCAAGUGGACAAACGCAUGUGGAGAAAGACAAACUUGAAGGCAAGGGCCAACUAGCAGAGGAUGAUAUGGCUAGAAUAAUGCAGUAUGAGGAAGAUUUGGUAAGAUUGAUGAAAGAAAAGGAAGACAUGGUUAGUUUGCUUAAAGAGAAGGAAGAUAUGAUCAGGUUGCUGAAGGAGAAGGAAGAUAUGGUUAGAUUGUUGAAGGUGAAGGAAGAUAUGGGUGACUUGAAUAAUGAUAAAGUAGAUAGGUUACUUAAAGAGAGGGAUGAUACUGUAGUUAGGUUGACACAAGAGAAGGAAUAUAUGAUUCGGAUGUUGAAGGAGAAGGAGGAUAUAAUUAGGCUAAUGAAGGAUAAGGAAGACAUGGUUGAUAUGAAAGAUGUCACAUUCGAAGAUACACAGCGUACAACAGAUGAGAAUAAAGAUAAGUUACUUAAGGAGAAGGAUGAUGUUGUAGUCCGACUGACAAAAGAGAAGGAUGAAAUUGUUGUCCAACUGACAAAAGAGAAGGAAGACAUGCUUAGGUUGCUAAAGGAGAAGGAAGAUAUAAUUAGACUAAUGAAGGAGAAGGAAGAUAGGCUCAACUUAGCCAGUGGCAAGGUUGAGGAUAGGAAGCAAGCAAUAGAUGACGAUAGAGAAAGGUUGAUCAAGGAGAACAAUGAUGCCAUUUCCAUGUUAACAUCUGAGAAGGCAGAGAUUGCUAAGUUGCUGCAAGAGAAGGAAAAUCUAAUCAGAUUGAUGAAGGAGAAGGAAGAUAAAUCUGAUUUGAAGAAAGGUAAUGUUGAAGACACAAAACAAUCAACAGGUGAAGAGGCAGACAGGUCGAUAAAGGAAAAAGGUGAGAUAAUUAGGUUGACAAAAGAGAAGGAGGAUUAUAGAAAUACUAUUAUCAAACUUAAGCAGGAAUUCGAAUCAUUAAAAUCAUCAUAUGAGGAGAGCUGCAAGUUGUUAGAAUCUAAGAAGGAAGAUGUAGUUAAACUUGUCACAGACAAGGAAAUGAAUGACAACAUAAUUUUGCAACUCAGGCAAGAACUUGAGGAAACAAAAAAGUUGCAUGAGGCAGAGACAAAAGAGGAGGAUUAUAGAAAUACUAUUAUGAAACUUAAGCAGAAAUUCAAAUCAUUAAGAUCAUCAUAUGAGGAGAGCUGCAAGUUGUUAGAAUCUAAGAAGGAAGAUGUAGUUAAACUUGUCACAGACAAGGAAAUGACUGAGAACAUAAUUUUGCAACUCAGGCAAGAACUUGAGGCAACAAAAAAGUUACAUGAGGCACAAACAAAAGAGGAGGAGGAUUAUAGAGAUACUAUUAUGAAACUUAAGCAGGAAUUCGAAUCAUUAAGAUCAUCAUAUGAGGAGAGCAGCAAGUUGUUAGAAUCUAAGAAGGAAGAUGUAGUUAAACUUGUCACAGACAAGGAAAUGAAUGACAACAUAAUUUUGCAACUCAGGCAAGAACUUGAGGCAACAAAAAAGGUGCAUGAGGCAGAGACUCAACAAUUAGAGAACAAAGCUGCCAAAGUAAAUAAGGAGUUCGAACAGAGGAUAAAAGAAAUAGAACUCAUGUUAGAAGAUUCUACCAAGAGGAGAAGAGAACUUGAGGAAUCUACUGAAUCUAGAAUCCAAUUUUGGAAGCAGAAGGAAAUAGCGGUAAACAAAUUUGUGGGUUUGCAAGUAAAGAAUGCUCAGGAAUUGAGGCUCUCUUCUGUUUCUGUUAGGCUUGAAGUACUAAAUUGUCAAAAAAGAUGGUUUGAAGAACUUGCUGGCCUAGGACAAAAUCUUAAGAUGGUAACAAGUGCUGCAGAAAAAUAUCAUGCAACUCUUGCAGAUAAUAGAAAAUUAUUCAACGAGAUCCAGGAACUGAAAGGAAAUAUCAGAGUUUAUUGCCGGAUAAGACCUUUUCGACCCUGGGAGGAUGAGAAGUCCACUUCAGUUGAAUAUAUUGGUGAGAAUGGUGAACUGGUUUUAUCAAACCCUACAAAGAAGGGAAAGGAAGCUGGCAAGAAUUUCACUUUUAACAAAGUUUUUGGCCCUACAACUACACAAGAUAUGGUUUUCAAGGAUAUUCAGCCACUAAUUAGAUCAGUUCUUGAUGGCUACAAUGUUUGCAUUUUCGCAUAUGGUCAAACUGGAUCGGGGAAAACACAUACAAUGAUGGGACCUGAAAAUGCAACUGAGAAAGAAUGGGGUGUCAACUAUCGAGCACUAAAUGACCUUUUCAAUAUCUCACAUGAUCGGCGAGACACAAUUAAAUAUGAACUUGGUGUUCAAAUGGUUGAGAUCUACAACGAGCAAAUCCGUGAUCUACUUGGGAUCCAGAAUACCACCCAGCCCAAUGGACUUGCAGUUCCUGAUGCAACAAUGUGUCCUGUUGAUUCGACUUCUCAUGUUAUUGAACUAAUGCAAACAGGGCACAACAAUAGAUCCAUGAGUGCAACAGCCUUGAACGAGAGGAGCAGCAGAUCUCACAGUGUUGUGACCAUCCAUGUCCAGGGCCAGGAUUUGAAAACCGGUAACACUUUGCGUGGUGCUCUGCAUCUUGUGGACCUUGCAGGAAGUGAAAGGGUGGACCGAUCUGCAGUUACAGGAGACAGGCUCAAAGAAGCACAGCACAUCAACAAGUCUUUGGCUGCACUCGGGGAUGUUAUAUUUUCUUUGUCACAAAAGAAUGCUCAUGUACCAUACAGAAAUAGCAAGCUUACACAAGUCUUACAAACUUCUUUGGGUGGGCAUGCAAAGACUCUAAUGUUUGUGCAAGUCAACCCAGAUGUUUCGUCAUACACUGAGACUUUAAGUACACUGAAAUUUGCUGAACGUGUGUCUGGUGUAGAACUAGGUGUUGCAAGGACUAACAAGGAGGGCAAAGAUGUCAAAGAAUUAAUGGAUCAGCUUUCACUGCUCAAAGAUACCAUUGCAAAGAAGGAUGAUGAAAUUGAUCGGCUGCAACUAGCCAACAGUAGCAACUCCUUACUGAAGUCCACGAAACAUGGUGACUCCUUGUUGAAGCAUUCGGCCUCUUCUCCAGGAAUGACAUCCCUAGGAAAGGUGGCAAGCUUUGGUAGUGGGGCAGCUUCUGAUCUUGACAACUUCUCUGACACCAGUGAUAGGCAUUCCGAAGCUGGGUCCAUGCUCUCUACUGAUGAGGCCCGACAGCUGGGCCAGAACUUUGCUGAUCCUGGUGGUGAUUCAGAUGGAAGGCUAAGUGAUGUAUCAGAUGGCGGUAUACCCGCAGGUGCAGAAACUGACAGUUCAGUUAACAACGUUGUGGACCAAGAACAAGAGAAAACAUCCACUGCUGGAAAAGAGCGGUUAGCCAAAGCAGUAAGUCGAGUCCAGAAGCUAACAGUACCAAAAGUCGGCCAAGCAUCAAGCUUGCGGCCUAAACCAAGAGAUCCUUCUGCACCUAAAUCUUCAGUCACAACAGGUGCGCGAAAAAGUACCACCACUCAAGCAACUCCACCAGCAAGAGCUAGCAGCACUUCAAAACGAGUACCAUAG